UCAGAGGAAGUGUGUGAGUCUGAAUCACUGUGUGUGUGGAGGGACCGUCACUCACAGAAGAAGUAGUGAGUGAGCACGAGUCAGUUAUCAUGUUUAUUUUGGCUCGCUGACGGAGCAUGAGAGCACAAUUUACCAGACUAUGCAGCUGAAAACAAGCGCGGUAGGCCCCACACCAUCCUGCGGCUUUCCUACUGUGAGUGAGCGGGAAAGAGCGUCCUAGUUCGGCGUGAAGUCCAGCGUUGGACCGCUGGACGCCGGUGCUCCGUAGUAUCCGAUUGAGUGCAAGAGCGACAUCUGGCGUAAAAAGCCAUCAUGACAGAUAACCAAAGGACGGUAUUUUGGUGACUUUUAAGAGUUGUCUGUGAGUGUUGGAGCUGGUGUUCUUAGACCAAUGGCUGUCCCUGAACCUGUUGCCACUCGGAGGUUGGCACUGGACUGUCGUACCCUGCUGGAUCACCGCCCGAGUCGUGGGGUGUGUGGUUGUUGCGGAGCGCUGAGGCCGCGCUACAAGAGACUGGUGGACAACAUCUUCCCUGAAGACCCAGAGGAUGGGUUGGUAAAGGCCAACAUGGAGAAGCUGACUUUUUAUGCCCUGUCAGCUCCAGAGAAAUUGGACCGAAUCGGGGCCUACCUGUCUGAGAGAUUGUCUCGUGACGUAGCUAGACACCGUUAUGGGUAUGUGUGUAUUGCAAUGGAAGCCCUCGACCAGCUGCUAAUGGCCUGUCACUGUCAGAGCAUCAACCUGUUCGUGGAGAGUUUUCUAAAGAUGGUGAGAAAACUCCUGGAGGCCGACAAACCCAACCUGCAAAUCCUGGGAACAAACUCGUUUGUGAAGUUUGCUAACAUCGAGGAGGACACCCCUUCAUAUCAUCGCAGUUACGAUUUCUUUGUGUCGCGGUUUAGCGAGAUGUGCCAUUCCAACUAUGAGGACCCCGACAUACGGACUAAAAUCCGAAUGGCUGGCAUCAAAGGUCUACAGGGAGUAGUGAGGAAGACUGUAAACGAUGAGUUACAGGCAAACAUCUGGGACCCUCAGCACAUGGACAAGAUCGUCCCCUCACUGCUCUUCAAUCUGCAGUCUGGUGAAGGUACAGAGAGUCGCUCUCCCUUCCCGCUGCAGGCCAGUGAGAAGGAGAGAGAAAGCCCGGCCGAGCUGACGGAGCGCUGCUUUCGGGAACUGCUGGGCCGUGCUGCCUAUGGCAACAUCAAGAACGCAGUCACCCCUGUGCUUAUGCAUCUUGAUAAUCACUCGCUGUGGGAAGGCAAAACAUUUGCAGUGCGCUGCUUUAAGAUCAUCAUGUACUCCAUUCAGUCCCAGCAUUCUCAUCUGGUCAUCCAGCAGCUCUUGGGCCAUUUGGAUGCCAACAGUAAGAGCUCUGCCACAGUGCGUGCUGGGAUAGUGGAGGUCCUUCUGGAGGCUGCUGCCAUCGCUGCCAGUGGCUCUGUUGGCCCCACAGUGUUAGAGGUUUUCAACACGUUGCUCCGGCAUCUGAGGCUCAGUGUGGACUAUGAGCUCACAGGAUCCUACGACUGCACUAACAUCGGCACCAAAAUCAUCAAGGAGCACGAGGAGAGACAGCUACAGGAAGCUGUCAUCAAGACUAUUGGCUCAUUUGCAAACACAUUACCCACGUACCAGCGUUCUGAGGUGAUGCUCUUCAUCAUGGGAAAAAUCCCCAUUCCAGGCAUGCACCCCACACUGCCCUCUACAGGCUCAGGACCUGAGGGCAACCGAAUGAUCCAGGUUAUGCUGUUGAAGUCCUUGAGACAGGUCACAUGUGGUUUCCAGACUACUAACAUGCUGACAGCUCUUCCCAACUCAUUUCUGGACCCACUGCUGUCAUUUGCUCUGCUAGAAGAUGCAGAAAUUCGACUCUUGGUGCUGGAAAUACUGGUCAGCCUUAUUGAUCGCCAUGACAACCUCCCCAAGUUCUCCACCAUCAGUAUCAUCUCUGAUAUCUCUGUUCUUAAACUCAAAGUGGACAAGUGCUCACGUCAAGACAACCUCUUCAUGAAAAAGCAUGCCCAGCACCUGUAUAGACACAUCUACCUGUGCAGUAAGGAACAGAGCAGUGUGCAGCCUCAUUUUGAGAAGCUCUACUCACUCCUGGCCCUCAUCAGCAUGGAGCUGGCCAAUGAAGAGGUGGUGGUGGACCUGAUCCGUGUAGCGCUCGCUCUGCAGGACUUGGCUCUGAGCAGUGAGGAGCUGUUACCGGUGUAUAACCGCUGUGCUGUUCACGCUCUGUCCUCUGCUUACCUCAAUCUCAUCAGUCAGCUCACCACAGUGCCAGCGUUCUGCCAGCACGUUCACGAGGUGAUUGAAAUGAGACAAAAAGAAAGUCCCUACCUGUUACCUGAGGAUAUCUUCAUUGAAAACCCAAAGAUUCCCAAGACACUGGAGAAGCUGGAAGGAGAACUGUUGUUUCAACAGGCCAAGAUAACUGAGGUUCUUGGAGGAAGCGGCUACAACACUGAGCGACUAGCUACACCUUAUAUCCCACAGUUCACAGAUGAGGACCGGCUGUCGAAAAGAAAGAGCGUUGGAGAAACAAUAUCUCUGCAGGUGGAGGUAGAGUCCAGAAACAGUCCAGAGAAAGAGGAGAGAACACCAGCUGAAGAAAUCACAUUUGAAACACUAAAGAACGCCAUCGUGGACAGCGUAGGCGUGGAGGAACAGGAGAAGGAACGCAGGAGACAGGUGGUUGAGAAGUUCCAGAAGGCCCCCUUUGAGGAAAUAGCUGCCCACUGUGGUGCCAGAGCUACGAUGUUGCAGAGCAAACUUAAUCAAAUCUUCGAAAUCACGAUCAGGCCUCCUCCCAGUCCAUCUGGAACCAUCACAUCAAGUUACGGCCAAACCCAGAGUCGCUCUGUCCCCAUUUAUGAGAUGAAGUUCCCGGACUUGUGCGUUUACUAGUGCAGCUCAACUCAGGAUUCAGGAACCUUCGGUAGCAGCCAGUGGUGAAGAGAGCUGGAGGGUUUUAAGUAUUAAAUUAUAUUUUGAUGUUUUUUAAUACAGGAAAUCUAAGAGGUCAGCCCUCCUCUAUACUAUAAACCUGAUCGCUGUAUUAUCCCCUGUUCUGCAAGGUAAAAGUUCACCAUUGAACUACUGCUGAAACGAUUUUGAUCGUUUGGAUUCCUGAUUUAGGUUCAGUGCACAGAGCUUUCCCUACUUAGAAAUAUUUUCUCACGUAUUCUUUGAUACUCUGAACUUCCAUAAUAAAAUCAGCUAACAUAAAUGUAUAUUUGCAGCAAACCAAAUCCAAAUAAGCAGAGCGCAUAUUUCACCCUUAAAGUCUAAAGAAAGAAAUAAUAUAUAUUUUAAAUAAACAACCUUUUGCUAACUUCCAAGUAAAAUAGUUUUUUUUUUCUACAUUGUGACAUUAUUUUCAUGACAGUCAAACACAUUUAAUGUGAAAAUAAAAAUAUUUAAAUUGUGAAUUAUUAUUAUUUCUUUAAUUAGUAAAGAGCUUAUUGUAAUGCUGAUUUCCCUUAAAAACCAUUGCAUUACAGUUGUUUAUCGUAACAUAAUAAAACUGUAACUGCAAAUUGCAAAAUUAACUCAUUAAAUAAAAAAAAACGCAUUACAGUGUUAAGACUCUGCGGAUAGUUUUGAGUUGGCAUUAAAAAAUUAUGUGAUAAUGUCAUAAACGUAACGCUCUUAAAAAAUAAUUUGACCAUAUUUCUGUUAAGAUUCACCUUUUAUUCUGGAGUUUCAAAGUUGUAUAUUGAGGAAAAAGGGCAAACUGUCAUCUCAUUUUGACAAAUCAAACAAUUUAACCUAAGUGCAAUCGGUAUCAAUGAAGCUCAUUUGUCUCAAAUGAUUUUUACUUGGUGCUAAUUUCUUUUCCUAGUACUUUGAGUCUAGCAAAUUAGCUUUUUAGUAUAGUUUGUUUAUAACAGCAGUCAGCGUUCUGUAGAUAUGUGCCGUUCAGAUCUUCUGCUCGUGUUUACUUGCUAAGCACAGUUGUGGUGUUAAGGAGCUCUGGUGCUGAAGGAGCUAUUUAAUUAGCACUUUUGUCUUAUUUAUCUAACCAUAGUCAUUUGCUUAGUAUCUGUAGCCUGCUACGUUGUGCUUCUUUUUGAGUGCUUCCGCCUUUUUUUGUUUUUUUAUAAGCACAAGCAUCAUUUUUAUAUGUGUGUUUGUGUGUGUGUGUAUAUAAGGACCAGAUCUAUAAAUAUAUGUAAAUAACCGUUUUAGAUUGCUCUGGUUUAGCUCAGUGUGUGCAUUUCCCAAUGAAGAACUAAGCAGCAUGCUGGCUCCGUUUUAAGAGUUUGCAAAACUCAUAAUAGCUGAUUUGUUUUUGUGAUGGACUGCUAGCUUCGGGGGUCAGAGACGGUCCAUCAGGAACGGCAGCACACUCCCCGUCAAACUUUUUUUUUUUUUUUUUUUUUUUUUUUUUUUUUUUUUUUUUGUCAUUUGAAUUACAUGAUGCUCUACAAAUAUUUCAGAUCAUGCAAAGACUGGGAUUUCACUGCUGAUCUGUGUCUUUAAAUACAGAAUAUUUAAAGGAUGAUAUACAGCCAGGGGUUUAUUUCGCAUUUUUCAUUAUCCUGCUUAGCACACACAACUGCUUUCCAAAUAAAUAACAUUUAUCACCUUUAUUAUUAACUUAUCACUCUUAUGUUGAAAUCAUCACCUUAUUUGUUGAUUACUUGUUUAAAUGCUAAGAGAAAUAGAACAUGGAAAACAGUCCGCAUAUAGCAAGCCGUGCAACGUUACAAUAUUAAUUAUUUUAUUUUUAAUCUGCAAUCCAAGUUACUUUUAGUCACUUAGUUAGCUAACAUAUUUACCAAGUCUUCCACAAUUUUAAUUUCUGUCUCAAGUUCAUUGUUCUUCCAGUUUUUAGUUGUUUUUUUUUAAUUAAACUUGAGGCUCCUGAGCCACCUUCUGUCAAAUAUUUUAGAAAAAGCAAUUUAAAAGAAAACCCCUUUCGUGGUCAAAUAGAGAGAUUUAGUGCAUUAUGCAAAAUUGCAUCAGUUGGCCAAUAGUCAAGAACCUAUUUUAGAGACCUGCUAAUGAAUUAAGAAUAAUAAUUAUAUAUUUUUUCAUCAUUUGAUGGAGAAAUCCAAGCCUUUUUUCUUUGGUGUAAAUUGUGAGAGAUGUUUUUUAAUGUCCAGCUAAUAUGUUGUAGUCCUAUGGGGGUUUUUUUUGUGGUGAAUGUUUUUGUAUGGCUGUGGUUUUUUUUACAGUGCCAUGAACAGAACUGCUGUGCUUUUAUUAGAAGAUUCAUGCAACUAUUAUUUAUGUCAUCAGUUGGUGACUGCAUACGGUAUAUGGUUUCUGUGUUACUUUAAAUGUUUUUUUAAGACUAAAAGUAUGACAGCGGAUUUCAUAAAUAUUCAUUUGUAUUACACAGACAGAGCAUAGAUAUUAUAGAGAUCCAAUGAAAAUGUCCAGAUAACUAAACAGUAAAUGCUAUAAUGCCUGUAGUCAGUAGUGUCUUUAUCACAGAAGUAGUAGACCGUUGCUGUUCUCAGUAUUAUUAGUAUUAAAUGCAUUUGCUAUUUAAAUAUAAUUAUGCUUUUGAAACGAAUCUGAAGUAUUAAUCUUGCCCCGAUAAUGACUCGUAUAAAUGCUCAGUAGUUUUGUAAAACGCAUCUCGCAUUUCUUCAGCAUUUUAAUGUUUGCGGAAAUUAAUUCGAUUAAUUGUCAAAUUAGGCAUUAAUUAUAACCUUGCUGCAAUUCAAGUGUCAUUCAAGCUUUUUUCACGUGUAGCGUUAAUGAAAUCUCAGUCACCGUAUUCUGUCUGGAUGGAGGUUUUCCCCAUGAUUUGUUUGUAAACUGCAAAUAGAGAAUAAAACAUUUUCGAUACAA